AGUGUUUACCGUUUGACCUGGGAGAUGAUGGCACGUGCUUUGUUACGUAGCUGAACUGAAAACAUCUUUAUUUUUCCGAAGGGACACGCAUUUUGCCUCACUUUUGUAGCUGAACUUAAAAAAUUGUGAGCUUCAAUGGACCCAUCCAUGUCUACAGAAGCAUCAAUUCCUGAUGAUAUUGCCCUCAAACUUGCUUCUUCUCUUCAUGUAGCUGAUCUUUGCUCCUUGGGAAGUUGCUCUCGGUUUUGGUGGGAACUGUGUGGGUCGGAUAUUUUAUGGAAGUCUCUUUGUAGAAAAAGAUGGCCUGCUCUUGCUCUGGAGAUUGAGUCUUUAUCUUAUGACAACCACAACCAUGAGGAAUGGAAAGCGUUUUAUAUUAGGAAGCACAAUGAAAUGGCAGGAAAAGCAGGAGGCGUGAUUGAUUUUGUAAAUCGUUGUUUGGCAUUUGAGUCGAUUGAGGUGGGGCAUUAUCUGAAAGCAGUUAGGGACCUUGAUUCGAUGCUGUUGGGGUUUGAAGAUGUUCAUACAUUCUUCCUUAAAUCCAAGCACAAUGUGCUGCUGAACUUGAUUGGUUUGCACUACUGCCUUAUCUGGCUUGGUUUGCCGGGCGAAUGCGUCAUGGAAAUCCUAAAUAACAGCAAUAUCUCACAAAGGCAAGUAAGCGUACAAUGGUGGAAGCUUGGGAGGUGGUUGUUUGGCUUUCGCUUGCGUGACGAAUUAAUUACGCGUACCGUCUCUUUAGAAGAUCUUGCAACAGGGAAGGAGGAAGAAGUUCUUGGGGUACUUCAUCGAGGUGCGGUACAUGAGGUUAUACGAGUUCAGAUCUCCGCAGCUAAACCUGCAUGCACAUCCUGGUCUUUCCAGAACGCACAAGACGCAAACCAAUAAAAUAUUUUUCUCUAUCGUGUGUACAGAUAUUGUAAAUAUUUCACCUAAACUCCUACAUAAGAAUAAUUAUGAAGUCAUGAUGUUUACUUAUAGUUUAUCCUGUUAUAUUUAUUAUGUUGUGAAUAAUAAGAUCUGUCGGGGAAAGGAAGCUUGUGUUACUUGUAAAUUUGAUGAUUAUCGUUUGUA